ACAGUAUCUUAGUUCCCUGACCAGGGAUUGAACCCGGGUCCUCGGCAGUGAAAGCGGGGAGUCCUAACCACUGGACCGCCAGGGAAUUCCCUCAUGCUCCGUUUUGAAGGUGGUCUGCCAAAACGAGAGGGCCACAUGUACAAAGGCAGAAAUACAUGGAAUAACAACAUGCUGUCAUCAGAUUCGCAUUUUAGAGAGAUGACUGGCCUCAGUGGAGAGAGUGGACUGAAGGGGGAGAGAAUGGAGGCAGAGAGUUGUGAAAAGCAGUCUUUGGGUCUUGGCUGCGUCGGCCAGCAGAUACCUUUUCUCAGCAUUGGUCUCUCCUGACUUACAUUUGGCCAACGCAUCGCCUCUCCGGGUUCUCCCUCCCUCCUCCUCCCCGAGGGCAGGCAGGCGGGCGGGCGGGCGGGGAAGCGAGGAGAGGGGUGGCCCUGCCUGGGUGGUCUCCUGCCCCGCCCCCCGCGGCGCCGUUGCCUAGCAACGGAUCCAGCCGCGCAGCUCCGGGUAAUUUGCCGGCGACUAAGCCAAAGGGAGGGCGUAGCCCCGGCCCUUCCCUUUUUCUUGGACUACAGACGCCUCCUCGGCACUGCGGUCGCCACCUCGAGCCGCGCCGGGCGUCGCGUAGCUGUUCCUGCACGCGGGACCGACUCCGGCUCGGCGCCCCGGGCCCGCACCGCCCUACACUCCUACAGCUCACGGACGCCACUGUACACCCGUACCCGCGGCUAAGCGGCCCCACUGAAUUCCGACGCGGGACCUCGCGGUACGCGGGACCAGGCCAGCCUAUGGGGGCUCCCAGAUAACGCGAGUUGGGGGCGCCCAUGCCCCCCAUCCCUGCCAGCAUGGCUCGGCCGCCACCCCUCGGGGAGCUGCCCCCGGGCUACACACCCCCAGCUCGAUCUGCAGCACCCCAGAUCCUAGCUGGGAGCCUUCAGGCUCCACUCUGGCUUCGUGCUUACUUCCAGGGCCUGCUCUUCUCUCUGGGCUGCGGGAUCCAGAGACACUGUGGCAAAGUGCUCUUCCUGGGACUUUUGGCCUUUGGGGCCCUAGCACUGGGUCUCCGCGUGGCCAUCAUUGAGACAGACCUAGAACAGCUCUGGGUGGAAGCGGGCAGCCGGGUGAGCCAAGAGCUGCAAUACACCAAGGAGAAGCUGGGGGAGGAGGCUGCAUACACCUCCCAGAUGUUGAUACAGACCCCGCGCCAGGAGGGGGAGAAUGUCCUCACGCCUGAGGCACUUGGCCUCCACCUCCAGGCAGCCCUCACCGCCAGUAAAGUGCAAGUAUCACUCUAUGGAAAGUCCUGGGAUUUGAACAAAAUCUGCUACAAGUCAGGAGUUCCCCUAAUUGAAAAUGGAAUGAUUGAGCGGAUGAUUGAGAAGCUGUUUCCCUGCGUGAUCCUCACCCCCCUCGACUGCUUCUGGGAAGGAGCCAAACUCCAAGGGGGCUCUGCCUACUUGCCGGGCCGCCCCGACAUCCAGUGGACCAACCUGGAUCCAGAGCAGCUGCUGGAGGAGCUGGGCCCCUUUGCCUCCCUUGAGGGCUUCCGGGAGCUGCUAGACAAGGCACAGGUGGGCCAGGCCUACGUGGGGCGGCCCUGUCUGCACCCUGACGACCUCCACUGCCCAUCUAGUGCCCCUAACCAUCACAGCAGGCAGGCUCCCAAUGUGGCUCAGGAGUUGAGCGGGGGCUGCCAUGGCUUCUCCCACAAGUUCAUGCACUGGCAGGAGGAACUGCUGCUGGGAGGCCUGGCCAGAGACCCCCGAGGACAGCUGCUGAGGGCGGAGGCCCUGCAGAGCACCUUCCUGCUGAUGAGUCCCCGCCAGCUCUAUGAGCACUUCCGGGGCGACUACCAGACGCACGACAUCGGCUGGAGCGAGGAGCAGGCCAGCACGGUGCUGCAGGCCUGGCAGCGGCGCUUCGUGCAGCUGGCGCAGGAGGCCCUGCCUGGGAACGCGUCCCAGCAGAUCCACGCCUUCUCCUCCACCACCCUGGAUGACAUCCUGCACGCCUUCUCUGAAGUCAGCGCUGCCCGCGUGGUGGGAGGCUACCUGCUCAUGCUGGCCUACGCCUGCGUGACAAUGCUGCGGUGGGACUGUGCUCAGUCCCAGGGUGCCGUGGGCCUCGCCGGGGUGCUGCUGGUGGCCCUGGCGGUGGCCUCGGGCCUCGGGCUCUGCGCCCUGCUCGGCAUCGCCUUCAAUGCCGCCACUACCCAGGUACACCAAGACUGUGGGGCAGACUUGGGGGCCGACGGCCCAGGCUGCUCGGUUCCUCCAGCUGCCCGCCCCGUGCCCCUCCAGGUGCUGCCCUUCUUGGCACUGGGCAUUGGCGUGGAUGACAUAUUCCUGCUGGCACAUGCCUUCACAGAGGCUCCACCUGGCACCCCUCUCCAGGAGCGCACAGGUGAGUGUCUGCAGCGCACAGGCACCAGCGUUGCACUCACAUCCAUCAACAACAUGGUCGCCUUCUUCAUGGCUGCCCUAGUUCCCAUCCCUGCACUGCGGGCCUUCUCCUUGCAGGCGGCAGUAGUGGUUGGCUGCAACUUUGCAGCCGUGAUGCUUGUCUUCCCAGCGGUCCUCAGCCUGGACCUGCACCGGCGCCACUGCCAGCGCCUUGAUGUGCUCUGCUGCUUCUCUAGCCCCUGCUCUGCUCGGGUGAUUCAGAUUCUGCCCCAGGAGCUGGGGGAUAGGACAGUACCAGUGGGCAUUGCUCACCUGACUGCCACUGUUCAGGCAUUUGCACACUGUGAAGCCAGCAGCCAGCAUGUGGUCACCAUCCUGCCUCCCCAAGCCCACCUGGUGCCCCCACCUUCUGACCCACUGGCCUCUGAGCUCUUCAGCUCAGGAGGGUCAACACGGGACCUUCUAGGCCAGGAGGAGGGGACAAGGCAGAAGGCAGCCUGCAAGUCCCUGGCCUGCGCCCGCUGGAAUCUUGCCCAUUUCGCCCGAUCUCAGUUUGCACCCUUGCUGCUCCAGUCCCACACCAAGGCCAUGGUGCUGGUACUUUUUGGGGCUCUUCUGGGCCUGAGCCUCUAUGGAUCGACCUUGGUGCAGGAUGGGCUGGCCCUGACAGAUGUGGUGCCUCGGGGCACCAAGGAGCAUGCCUUCCUGAGCGCCCAGCUCAGGUACUUCUCUCUGUACGAGGUGGCCCUGGUGACACAGGGUGGCUUUGACUACGCCCACUCCCAACGCGCCCUCUUUGAUCUGCACCAGCGCUUCAGUUCCCUCAAGGCGGUGCUGCCCCCACCGGCCACGCAGGCACCCCGCACCUGGCUGCACUAUUACCGCAACUGGCUACAGGGAAUCCAGGCUGCGUUUGACCAGGACUGGGCUUCUGGGCACAUCACCCGCCACUCAUACCGCAAUGGCUCUGAGGAUGGGGCCCUAGCCUACAAGCUGCUCAUCCAGACCGGGGAUGCCCAGGAGCCUCUGGAUUUCAGCCAGCUGACCACAAGGAAGCUGGUGGACAAGGACGGGCUGAUUCCACCUGAGCUCUUCUACAUGGGGCUGACCAUGUGGGUGAGCAGUGACCCCCUGGGUCUGGCAGCCUCACAGGCCAACUUCUACCCCCCACCUCCCGAGUGGCUGCAUGACAAGUACGACACCACCGGGGAGAACCUUCGCAUCCCCGCGGCCCAGCCCCUGGAGUUUGCCCAGUUCCCCUUUCUACUGCGCGGCCUCCAGAAGACUGCAGACUUCGUGGAGACCAUUGAGGGGGCCCGGGCAGCGUGUGCCGAGGCAGGCCGGGCCGGGGUGCGCGCCUACCCCAGCGGCUCCCCCUUCCUCUUCUGGGAGCAGUAUCUGGGCCUGCGGCGCUGCUUCCUGCUGGCAGUCUGCAUCCUGCUGGUGUGCACUUUCCUCGUCUGCGCCCUGCUGCUGCUCAACCCCUGGGCAGCUUCCCUCAUAGUACUGGUCCUGGCAGUGAUGACCGUGGAGCUCUUUGGCAUCAUGGGUUUCCUGGGCAUCAAGCUGAGCGCCAUCCCCGUGGUGAUCCUUGUGGCGUCUGUAGGCAUUGGUGUCGAGUUCACGGUCCAUGUGGCUCUGGGCUUCCUGACCUCCCAGGGUAGCCGGAACCUCCGGGCUGCCCGGGCCCUAGAGCACACAUUGGCCCCGGUGACCGAUGGGGCCAUCUCCACAUUGCUGGGUCUGCUCAUGCUUGCUGGUUCCAACUUUGACUUCAUUGUGAGGUACUUCUUCGUGGUGCUGACAGUACUCACACUCCUAGGCCUCCUCCAUGGGCUCGUGCUGCUGCCUGUGCUGCUGUCCAUCCUGGGCCCCCCACCAGAGGUGGUACAGAUGUACAAGGAGAGCCCAGAGGUCCUGAGCCCACCAGCUGCACAAGGAGGAGGGCUCAGGUGGGGGGUAGCCCCCACCCUUCCCCAGAGCUUUGCCAGAGUGACUACCUCCAUGACCGUGGCCCUCCGCCCACCUCCACUGCCUGGUGCCUACAUCCACCCAGCCUCUGAAGAGCCUACUUGGUCCCCUGCUGCCACACCAGCUGCCAGUGCCUCCAGCAACCUUAGUUCUAGGGGACCAUGUCCAGCCAUCUGAUGAAAGAGCAGCUGAAGCAUGGAGACCCCGUUCAGGCCACAUGAAGGCACUGGGAAGCCGUGGGGUGUUACUGAACGCAGGGCAGACUCCUGGGGAGCCCUGCUGCUGCUGCUGUCUGCCUCCAUCCCCUCCCCGACCCAGCCAUCACAGACCUCCCUGGGAUCCACACAAAACCACCACCCUCUAGGCUGUGAGCAGCCUUGCACACCCGGGUGCUCCGUGCCUGUGCCCAUGCCCGGGUGGGGUGAAAGCCAGCAAGCACUUCAGGCUGCGGUGCAGCCCUGUCCCCCCUCCCACCCCACCCUGCUGCCCCCAGCAGACCAAGCCUGAGGGAUCCUCUAGCACCCUUCACCAGUCCUGGUCCCCCACUGCUUGCUGAGUCCUGGGUAGGCUCUCUGUAUCCCUGCCCACCUCUCACCACAUAAAUUAUUUAUA